GAUAUUAGGUAAGCUACAAGGUUUUUUUUUAUUAAAAAAAAAGAUUGCUAUGUUCACAUCUUUUGAGCAAAAAUAAAUUAAUUAUUAAUUUAUUAACUGAUCUAUCUAUUUCCAUGUUAACCUCUCUUAGCAGCAGCAGCAUUUUUCUUCUUGCGACGCAAAAAUAAGCGACGGGACAAUGAAGCAUACGAGAACGAUCUCAACGCCUACGCUAAUCCUUACCAAGAUCACACAAACAACCUUUCCCAGCGAGGUUCGAUGAGUAACAUAUUGGCGGCUGGCGCUGGCGCUGGUGCCGCAACAGGAUCGAAUUCGGGAACACUACCCCGACAUCUAGUCGCACCUCUUCAAGGUAAAAACGAUGCUGGUGGUGGGUACGCACCUUAUCUGCCAUCAGGAGAAGCCGGUGCUACAGAUGGCUAUUAUGAGGAUGUAUCGCCUCCUUAUCCUUCGAACAACCCCGGAAUGACUGGAUACCAACACCCGGCUGGGUAUUAUCAGGAUCCAAAUGCAGUUCCUAUGAACCACUCUGUAGAAGCGUUUGGGCCUCCUUCUUAUGGCCAGUUUAGACAAGUUCCUAAUGAAGUUGGAUAUGCGUCUUCAGAGGAACGCCACGUGCCGCACCUAAUCCAGAACGAUGUUCCUCACUCUAGGGAUUAAAUAUUAUAGAAUACCUAUUUUUGGAAACUAGACUUUUUGUAGAAAAAGAAGAAAGAAAGAAAAGUUUUUUUUUUUUUGCUAUGAAAAAUCAAAGAGGCUAAAAAUUUAACAUUAACGGUGUAGCAAAUUCAGACUUGCUAAUUGGCACAAAAAUCCAAAAUGCUCUCGGUUGAAUUUAUGAUUAUCAAAGUUUACAACGCCGACUGGGUCAACUUUAUUGCAAGCAAUCGCAGCUUUUAAACACUCUGCCAAUCAUAUAUGUAUUUUUAUUAAUAAAUUUUAGAAUAAUUAUU